GGCCAAGUUAGUGGUCAAAGCACCUGCAGUUGUGGAAUAUAAAAUGUGGCUGGUACAAUUAGUAGCUGGUUUGUUAAGUCUGGGAUUGGUUAUAUCCUUGCCAGCAGAUGUGGGGCGAGCCAGUUCGGUGACCACUGUGUCCAUCGUUAAGGGACAUGGCUAUGUGCUCGAGGAGCACGAGGUCCAGACCUCAGAUGGUUACCUCCUGACCAUGCAUCGUAUUCCCUACUCCAAGAACACGGGCGACGAUGGAAAACGACCUGUGGUCUUUCUCAUGCACGGAUUGUUGUGCUCCUCCUCGGAUUGGGUGCUUGCAGGACCUCACAGCGGACUGGCUUUUCUGCUAUCCGAGGCUGGCUAUGAUGUCUGGAUGGGAAAUGCUAGAGGAAACACCUACUCCAAGAAGCACGCCACCAAAUCCCCGCUGCUUCAGCCGUUCUGGAACUUUGAGUGGCACGAUAUUGGAAUUUACGAUCUGCCCGCAAUGAUGGACUUUGUCCUUUACCGCACGGGUGCGGAUCAGCUAACAUAUGUGGGUCACUCCCAAGGUACCACCUCCUACUUCGUCCUGAACUCGAUGAUCCCUCGCUUCAAGAGCCGCAUUAGGUCGGCCCAUCUGCUGGCCCCCGUGGCUUGGAUGGAGCACAUGGAGAGUCCCCUGGCCACAGUGGGAGGACCUUUGUUGGGACAGCCCAAUGCCUUCGUGGAGAUCUUCGGCAGCGCCGAGUUCCUGCCCAAUACGCAGCUGAUGAACCUGUUUGGGGCUCUCAUUUGCAACGACGAAGCCAUUUCCCAGUUCAUGUGCACCAAUGUCCUGUUUUUGUUGGGCGGCUGGAACUCCCCGUAUGUCAACGAAACCUUGAUGCCGGAAAUUAUGGCCACCACGCCUGCGGGCUGUUCGGUCAAUCAGAUCUUCCACUACCUGCAGGAAUACAACUCCGGAUAUUUCCGGCAGUUCGACUACGGCUCGACGCGGAACAAGAAGGAGUACAGCAGCAAGACUCCGCCAGAGUACGACGUGGAGGGCAUCGAGGUGCCCACCUAUCUGUACUACAGUGACAAUGACUACUUCGCCAGUCUGAUCGACGUGGAUCGCCUCCGUUACACCAUGAAUCCGAGUGCCCUGAAAAGCGCAUACCGUCUGCCGGAGGAAAAAUUUAACCACAUCGAUUUCUUGUGGGGACUGAAUAUCAAGGAAAUUCUUUAUGAUCGGGUUAUUGAUGACAUUAAUAAUGCAUAAACGUGUGCUGCAAAUAAAGCCACGUGACAUUGUGAUAAAAAA